AUGCGCGCUUUCGUCAUUGUUUUGCUGUUGAGCUUGAUAGCCUUUGCCGUGGCGGGUAGAUUGGGCGGCGGUGGCGGCGGAGGAGGCUGGCAAGGCGGAGGUGGCAAAGGUGGUAGCGGCGGAGGAUAUGGCGGUGGCGGAUAUAGUGGAGGAGGUGGCAAAGGAGGUGGUGGCGGUGGAUAUGGAGGUGGCGGCAAAGGAGGUGGCGGUGGAUAUGGGGGUGGUAGCAGCGGCUAUGGAGGUGGUAGCAAAGGAGGUGGAUAUGGUGGUGGUAGCAGCGGCUAUGGAGGCGGUGGCAAAGGAGGUGGAGGCGGUGGAUAUGGAGGUGGCGGCAAAGGAGGUGGUGGCGGUGGAUAUAGUGGUGGUAGCAGCGGCUAUGGAGGUGGUGGCAAAGGAGGUGGAGGCGGUGGAUAUGGGGGUGGUGGCAAAGGUGGUGGCGGUUAUGGCGGUGGUGGAUAUGGCGGCGGCGGCGGUGGCGGCAAAAAGUGGUAA